AUGACCACCACCCUCUCACACACAGCCACCUCGGCAAGCACCUCUAUUCCAGCCGCAUUCAGCGUGUACGACAAUGCCUUCUAUAACAUUCUUGGCUCCGCCCCAAAACUCGAAGUCAUUCUGGAGAACAAUGACUUCCCCUUUGCUCACGAGGCAAGCGUCUACGUCCCAACAACAGACGAGCUCUUCAUGUCGAGCAACAUGUACACCGACCCAAUAACCAACCAAACAACCGUCAAGAUCUCCAAGGUGAGCGUGACCGCAAACCCUGUCACGGCUGAGAUCAUUAACUCGACCAUCCCCUUGCCCAAUGGCGGCGUAAACCACAAUGGCGGCAUCCUCUGGACAGGCCAGGGCACCAAAAACACGACUGGUGGUCUAUGGCAAAUGUCCGCUCAAUCGCCAAAUAAGGCCGAGUUUAUCGUGGGAGGCUUUUACGGCCGCCAGUUUAACUCUCUAAACGACGUGAUUGUCGCCAGCGACGGCUCCUUCUGGUUCACCGAUCCUAUCUAUGGCUGGCGUCAGGGGGUCAGGCCGAAACCCCAGCUGCCAUGCCAAGUUUAUCGGUAUGAUCCUGCUACUCAGGCUGUUCGCGUUGUUGCAGAUGGCUUCGGUCGCCCGAAUGGAAUUUCUUUCUCGCCGAAUGAGAAAACCAUGUACAUAACCGAUACUGCCGAGACGGACGGUGAUGGAUCUACUGAUGUGUUAAAGCCUGCCACCAUCUAUGCUUUUGACUUGUCUACUAUCAGCGGACAGCCGUUCCUGACCAACCGCCGAGUGUUUGCAAUGCCUAGCGAUGGUAUCCCUGAUGGAAUUAAGGUUGAUCAGCAUGGUAACGUGUAUGCUGGCUGCGGUGACGGUGUGAAUGUGUGGUCUUCUGGUGGUGUCUUGCUGGGUAAGAUUUUGCUGAAAAAUGGCACUUCUAACUUUUCCUUCGGUAAGAAUGGUCAGAUGUAUAUUCUUAAUGAAAACAAGGUCUACCGUGCGCAGUUAAAUAGCACCUUGCGCAGUACUCUCUGGAAAAACUGA